AUGCUAGGUGGCGGAGAAUCAGGCCUGUUCGGAAGCAUGUCCGGCACUAAUGCCGCAACGACGGGAACACCUGCUGCUUCCGGUACCCUAUUCGGCUCCGCUGGGCAAGCUGCUAAUGCUGCGACGACUUCCAGCAUAUUCGGUAAUGCCGCAACCGGGUCAUCACUUGGAACUGCGGCGGCGGCGGCCCCAGCAGCGGGUGGCUUAGCAGCCCCAGCGUCACUGCCAAAGGAGGGUGGGUUGUUCGGGUCAACUUCAUCAAAUUCCACACUCUCUGGUGGCGGUCCGUUCGGCAGUGGUGCGGGCAUGCCUUCGAGCUCAGCUGGGGGCCUUUUCGGAAGUAGUGCCACCUCGAGUUUGGGAUCAGGGGCCAAUACGGCGAGCGGUUCCACAGGAGGUUUAUUUGGGAGCGCGGCCGCUCCCGCGGGAAAUGCGCAGAGCGCUGCACAAGGAGGCCUCUUCGGGGGAGGCGCCAGCGCAACCCCCGGGUUGUCCGACUCUACAAAAUCGGGGUUGUUUGGUGGAACCACUGCAACAAACAAGUCAAACGAGAUCGUAAAGCCAGGAGGACUGUUUGGAGGACUCUCGACAGCGGGAAACACAGGGGACGCUCCAAAAGGAGGCCUCUUCGGAAGCAGCACCCCCGCUCCAACGACUAGUGGCAAGCCAGACUCAGUUUCAACUGGACUGUUUGGGUCUUCUUCAGCAGCUCCAGAGACAAAUCAACCUGCUGGAGGCUCUUUGAGUGGAAAGAGUUCGUCAGGUACCUCCGUAACUGGCGCAGCGACGCUUCCCACUGGGUCUGCCUCAGGAGGCGGAACGGCUGAUGCUUCGAAGGGAAGUGGCCUUUUUGGGAGCCUAGGAGACGCAACAAAACCAGCCAGCGGUGGUGGCCUCUUCGGAACUGCCUCAGGUUCUGUCGCAGGUGCUAGUGGAGGGAGUGAUGGAAAGGGCAGCGGCUUGUUCGGGACCCCAGCCGCCGCCUCUGGGGCGACCCAGCAGCCACAGACAGUUGGACAGGCAGGCACAACGACUGGAUCGUCCCUUUUUGGCUUUGGCGUUUCUGGAAGCAGCGGCAGCAUUGGAAGCUUGUCGUCGAGUACGGCAAAAACUUCAGCGGAGACAAAAAGUGGGCAGAAAGGAAGUGAAGAGGCUUCUGCGCCUUCAUCGGCUGUCGAGCAGAAUACGACCGGUGGGCACAGUCAGAGUCUUCCCGGAGCUAGUCCCACUUCUACUGCUCCGAAUGCUGCACCGCCAUCAGGCUCUCUCUUUGGGGUCAAAUCAGGGAGCAGUGUUGAGGCAAACCCCGCAUCAGCGGCAGGGGCAGGCGUUCGAAGCGCUCCGGCGUUGCCACCAGAAGAGGUUGCACUAGAAACCAUGCAGCACGAAAGGAUGGAUGAUCUCCUGAGUAAUUGGGAGAGGAGGUUACAGAGGAAGGUGGGACAAUUUGAUGAGCUGGCCCAGGAGGUGGCUGCGGUGGAAGCGUCUCUGAUUACCCAAUCAAGAGCCCUCGCCAGCAUACGCGAAGAGCAGCAGCGCGUGCACCGGCGGCAGCUGUUUGUCGGCGAAACCAUUGACAUGAUUGAGCAGCAGCAGAAUGACCUCUCUAAUCUAUUAGCUUCAAUAGAAGGCAGCCUGCUGGCGAGGCUCUCGCCGCAGGAGCAGCGAACCGUCUGCUCCACCGUCGAGCAGAGCAUGUCACAGCGUGUGCUAGAUAUUGAUGCGCAGAUGGACGAGCUCAGUGCUGCUAUCGCCCAAGCGGCUCGGAGGAGUCAGCCGGAUCCCGUGGCUGCCAUUUCGCAAGUGCUCGCGGUGCACCAAGCCGCACUCGAAUCCGCUACUCAACAGUGCUCCAAGUUAGAGCAGUGUUUGAAGAGCCUCCAGAGAUUUGUUGCGUAA